GAAGUUCAGAACACCACGGUUCUUUCGGUUCAGGCCCUUUACCACCCCCAAACCCGACCCUCGUCCUCUAAACCCUAGCGCGUUGCAAGGGGAAAAGCUCCGGAAACCAUGGCGGCAGCGGCGCCUGGUCAGCUCAACCUCGACGAACCGCCGGCGUGGGGCUCCCGAAGCGUCGACUGCUUCGAGAAGCUGGAACAGAUCGGGGAGGGCACAUAUGGGCAAGUAUACAUGGCGAAGGAGACGGAGACCAAGGAGAUCGUCGCGCUCAAGAAGAUCCGCAUGGACAACGAGCGCGAGGGCUUCCCUAUCACGGCCAUCCGUGAGAUCAAAAUACUUAAGAAACUGCACCACCAGAACGUCAUCCAGCUCAAGGAGAUCGUCACAUCACCAGGGCCAGACAGAGACGAGCAAGGGAAGCAAAUUGAAAGCAACAUGUACAAAGGGAGCAUUUACAUGGUCUUUGAGUACAUGGACCAUGACUUGACUGGGUUGGCUGAUAAGCCUGGGAUGCGGUUCACCAUUCCGCAAAUUAAGUGCUACAUGAGGCAACUCCUUACGGGCCUUCACUAUUGCCAUAUCAAUCAAGUUCUGCAUCGUGAUAUUAAAGGGUCUAACCUCUUGAUUGACAAUGAGGGUAACUUGAAGCUGGCUGAUUUUGGCCUGGCAAGAUCAUUUUCGAGUGAUCAUAAUGCAAACCUCACUAACCGCGUGAUCACUUUGUGGUACAGACCUCCAGAGUUGCUGCUAGGAAGCACAAAAUAUGGGCCAGCAGUUGACAUGUGGUCUGUGGGUUGCAUUUUUGCAGAGCUUCUCAAUGGAAAGCCAAUACUGCCUGGAAAGAAUGAGCCUGACCAACUGACCAAAAUAUUCGAGCUUUGUGGGACCCCUGAUGAAUUGAUUUGGCCGGGUGUGACAAAAAUGCCGUGGUAUAAUAAUUUGAAGCCUCCCCGCCAAUUGAAGAGGCAUGUGAAAGAUGCUUUUAAACAUUUUGAUUGGCAUGCUCUGGAUCUUCUAGAGAAGAUGUUAACACUGGACCCAUCACAGAGGAUAUCCGCAAAAGAUGCACUUGAUGCUGAGUAUUUCUGGACUGAUCCCCUACCGUGUGAUCCUAAAAGCUUGCCAAAGUAUGAGGCAUCCCACGAAUUCCAGACUAAGAAAAGACGUCAACAGCAGCGGCAAGCUGAUGAAGUAAAGCGCCAAAAACCGCAGCAUCCUCAGCCGCACACCCGUUUGCCCCCAAUCCAGCAUGCAGGUCACCCACAUCCUCAAAUCAGACCAGCUCAACCUACGAACAACCCACAUCCACCAAUGACAUCUGGGUCAAGUCAUCACUAUGGAAAGCCCCGAGGACCAGGAGGGCCAAACAGGUACCCACAGGGUGGGAACCAAGGUGGAGGGUAUCAGAACCGUGGAGGGCAUGGUGGUGGCUAUGGCAGUGGCCCUUACCCUCAACAAGGCCGAGGGCUGCCUCCUUACCCUGGUGGCGGGAUGGGCAGCGCAGGUGGGCCGAGGGGUGCCAGCAGCAGUGGUUAUGGCGUAGGUGCGCCCAAUUAUCCACAAGCUGGUCCUUAUGGCCCUUCUGGUCCAGGCCGAGGACCAAACUUUCCACAGCAAGGUGGUUCUCGCAACCAGCAGCAGUACGGGAAUGGAAACGGAAACUGGCAAUAGUAUGGUACCAUCUCAGCAACAUGUCAUGUAGGAUUUAGUUCAUGAAAAGUUGAAAAUGGUAUAUCGAAUGUUAUGUUUCAAAUUUUACAUAUUUUGCCGGAUUUACCUUUGAAUGGAUUUGGGUUAUGUUGAAUGUUCCAGCAAAAAAACAAUGCAUGUAUGUUUUAAUCGAA